UUCGACAGGGACAUAAAGUGGGCCACACGCCGCACUAAAUUAGGCAUGGCGUUCCUGCAGCAGAUGCGCUCCCCUCGUCUGUCCUUCCUGCAGACCCUCGUGUCCCUGUUCCUCGGGACGCUGGCUCUGCUCUCGUCGUACUGGUGUGUGGGCAAACAGAAGGUGCCCAAGCCGCUCUGCUCUCCGACCAAACACAGCAACUGCAUCCCCGUCCCAGGGCUGACGGACGACUCCAACGUCCAGUUCUCGUGGGAGACGGGGGACGAUCGGUUUGUGUUCCCCGUGUUCCACACCGGCCUGUUCAUGACGUGUGAGGAGAACAUCUACACGGACGAAUGGGAGGAGAAGUGCAGAGGACUGUAUGCACUGACGCCCGGUUCAGAAAAAGCCAUGAUGUGGCUGUAUCUGACCUUGGAGGUGAUGUACAUCAGUCUGCUGCUGCUCAGCUGUCUGCUGCUGUCUGCACAGCUGUGCAUGGGGGCCUUUUUCCCCUCCACACAGCGCUGGGGCCAGCUCCUUAAUGCAUUCGCUGCAGUUUUCACUGUACUUGGAGGUCUGCUGGGCAUGGUGGGCCACAUGAUGUUCAUGCAGGUGUUUCAGACCACAGCUUCAAUGGGACCAGAGGACUUCAAACCUCACAGUUAUGGAUACUCCUGGGCGUUCUACGUGGCGUGGUUGGCCUUCACCGUGUGCAUGUCGGCCGGUGUGUCCACUCUCAACAACUACACCAAGAAGGUCAUUAUGGUGGGGCCCCGGCGCAUGUCCAGCCUUAACGCCUGCAGCUUCAACUUUGUGGGACUGCCUCCGCCCGCCCCUUUAUACACCGCCCCCCCUGUGAGCCUGGCCUGUCCCCCGUCUCCCCCGCGUCUCUCUCACCUGUCCCCGUACUAUGAGCCUCCUGCCUCGGCUCCUCCGCCCGCCGCCUCCGCUCUCAGGCAAACACAUUCACCUCACCUACACCACUCGCUGUCCUUCCCUCCUCCUCCGUCACAGACCGCCCCCGCGUCCCCUCGUCACCGCCUGUCUCUGCCCUCGCCCGCCCUGUCUGUGUCUGUGCACCUGCCACAUUUUGAACAUCGGGAUAUCUGUCCUGGGUAUGAAGACGACGACUACAGCCCACUUUAA